UCCGGGGGCAGCCGGAGCCGCCGCGGAUCCGAGCCGCGGGACGAGAGCUUGAGCCGGAGACGCUCUCCAGGCCGGCGCUCUCGCUCUCCAGGUCGACGCUCUCCAAGUCGGCACUCUGAAUCAUCAGUAGAACAGAGCUUGCGGAUCACAGUUGGCAAUGACCACUAUGGCAUUGACACCCCAGAACAAAGGAGACUGUCUGAUAGACUAGGCUCACCAGUUGAUAGCCUAAGUGAUGUGGAAAGGGAUGACCUGGCUGAAGGUCCAAUAUUUAGCAGAGGCCUUUCACGUCCUCAAAGCCUUGAGCAAUAUUCCUCUCAUGAGGACAGUCCUCCUAGUCCUUACACUAUGAGACACGAUGAGGACUAUCGCAGUAGGGAAGUUUUUCUUCACCAAUCACCCUAUAGCAUGAACUAUGACCAUCUGCCGGAUAUAUCAAGAGAACCCGACAGGGAUGGUGAAUUAUUUAGGAAGUCAUAUCAAUCAGAGGAGAGAGGGAGAGAGUCAAAGCGCCUUCGAUAUGACAGAGAGGACAGACUGCUUGCUGUGAACGUGGAGCAUCAGAGUUUCUUGCCAGGAACACGGAAUUACCGUAAAAGAAGUCUCAGUAGAAGCCCAAGCCCAGCAGAUGAAGACUUCAGGGAGCUUGAAAGUGCUAGGAGAAAAAGAGAAGAGGAGGAGCUGAGCAGAAGCCCUAGUCAAGAUCUUCCUGGCAGUGGCUAUGUGAUUCCUGGCUUGACUAAACCUGUGCAGUCCUCUGAACCUCGUUACCUUUAUAGACCAGAUGAAGCACCAGCAAUGCCCAAAAAAUCAAUCCUGAAGAAACGAGUGGAUGAUUCUUCUGUGCAGCCUGAAGCGUUUUCUAGCAGUUCUGGCUCUGUCAAAGAACUCCCUCUUCAUUCACAUCCUCCUCCUUUGCCCCAGCGUAGCAGCACUACUCCUUUUUCAUCUGAAGUGGAAAAUUUCCUCAGACGUUUCAACAAAAAUGCGGUUGCAGAGUCUGCAAACAAGGACUCUCAAGCCAGUGUCCAUGACUGGACACCGAUUUCUGGCCUACAGCAAAAUGCUUUCCCCUCUGAACAGAAUCUUGGGAGUUUUUUGCGACAAAAGGACUAUCAGGAGUCUGCAGCGUGGUCUGCAGACCGGCAAGGUGACUUCCUACUUCCUCAUGAAAGGGCCAGCCAGGAUGGGAGUGGCUUUUCACGCAUUCUGGGAAUGAUGGCAGAUUCUACUAGUGCCCAAGAGAAGAGAAGGCGCAGCUUUCCUGAUAUUGAUGAUGAAGAGAAAUUUCUUUAUGGUGAUGAUGAGGAUGACUCUAACAUCAACUCACCUUCUACUGAAACCCUAACAGUGAGUGGGAAAGAACCUGUAAGCCAGAAACCAAGUUCCCCAUCUCCUCCUACUCAGUCUGUAAAACCAGACACUUCGGAAGGGUCCGGAGUAGAGUAUGAGAAGAUCCAUGAUUUACUCAAAACUAUUGGUCUUGACAUUGGGGUGGCUGAAAUUGGCAAGCUGGCUGCCCGAACACAGGAACGGCUCCAUGGGAAAAAAACAUCGCGUUCUCCUGAUCGUCGUUCAGCAGGUUCUUGUAAACCAGACUCUAGGGAGAUGCGCCGCAGUCGAAGCAAUACCCAUUCUCCAGAAUCAAACCAGAAGUGCUCUUUGUCACCUUCUGGUUCUUUUUCUUCAUCUAAAGAGCUGUCCUCUGUUUCAGAAUUGGAGCACUCUAAAUGCAAAACACAAGGGCAUAAUAAUUCUUCUGGCACGCCAGAGCGGUCUGUUCCCCCAGUAUCUCUAAUCCCAUCUGCACCACCUUUUCUUCCUAAUUUACCUCCUACUCCCAACCCUAUGUCCCAAUAUUCAGUAUCACGCUUUUCUCCAUUCACUGCAACUCAGCUGCCCCAAAACUAUCCAACCCCCACAAUGGCCCCUCCUGGCUAUGAUGCUUAUGGACACUAUAUGGCAUAUGCAGCGACUGGCUGGCCCAUGUAUGCUCCUUCUCAGCAGUCUGAUCCUGCAAUUCAAGACGUACAUGGGCUUGUCUCGCUGACAGUGCCCCCAAAUCCUACACGGCCGAACCUCAGAGUUAUUGAGACAGUUUCCACAGGCAAGGGGACUCCUGAAAUCAAGAGAGAUGAGUCUGUGCUUGUGCAAAUUCCCACCACUCCUACUUAUUCCAGAUUACUCCCUCAUCUAUCUCAGUCUUCUCUCAGAGGUCCUACGGAAAGAAUGUCUGAUGAAAAAAAUCGGGCUUCUCAGAAGCAAAAGGUAAUAGAGGAAAGAGAGAAACUGAAGGUUGAACAGGAAUCACGACAGAAGAAACUGCACUACCUGAGGACUGAGUUGGAUAGACUUUCUAAACAGCAAGGGGAGAUGUUACGGAAGAAACGUAGGGAGAAGGACGGCCAUAAAGACCCCCUGCUAGUGGAAGUAAAUCGACUACAGGAGAACAUUGUGAAGGAAAUCACUCAGCUGCAGAUAAUGACUGAAACAGCGGAGAAGAAACAGUCUGAGCUUGACAAGGUAGCUCAGAUCCUUGGGAUUAACAUUUUUGAGAAAUCCCGGAAACCAUCUGCAGAAAGUAAAGAUUCCACAGAGAAAAACAAGUCAGAGACUACAAGAAGUCAGGAGAAAACUUCCAGCUCAAACAAGGAUUCAAAACCAACUAUUGACAAGCCCAGGGGUAGGAGUCCCAAGCCUACAGAAUCAUGUUCACAGACAUCCAAACAGCAAUUCCAGUUGGGCAAUAUUUAUGACUAUUAUGACACAGGAAACCAUUGGUGCAAGGAUUGCAAUACCAUCUGUGGGACCAUGUUUGAUUUCUUCACACACAUGCAUAAUAAGAAGCAUAGGCAGACCCUGGACCCAUAUAAUAGACCAUGGGCUUCCAAGACUCAGACUGAAACAAAGCAGGAUCCCAUGAAACGCAUUGACAAAAUACCUCUUCCUGCAAAAGGUUCUGAAUUUCUAAUCCCAGUCACCGGCUAUUACUGCCAUCUUUGCCAUGAAUUUUUUGGUGACCAGAUAUCUGCAGAACAACAUGUGAAAAGUCAUCCACAUAAUGAGAAAUAUAAGAAAUAUGUGGAUGAGAAUCCACUCUAUGAAGAAAGGAGAAACCUGGACCGUCAAGCAGGAUUGUCUGUGAUUCAAGAAACAGAACGUAGACUGAAACGGAAACAGUGUGAAAAACAUAAAGAUGAUAGAGAUGAAAAGAAUGCAAAAGUGGCGAGAAAAGAGGAAUCAAACCCUACCAAAGAAUUAGAAGAGAGUAAUGAAAAUGAGAUUAGUAAAAGGAAAGAAGAUUCUGAUGGCAAGAAAUUUGGAAUAAAGCUUAAAUUGAAGAAGGAUGACAAAGAGGAUGAGAAAAAGGAAGGGAAGAAAGAGGAAUCCCAAAAGGACUCAAGACAGUCAUCUUUUGGAAAGUUUAGCUGGAGGAAAACUGAAAAAGAGGAUAAAAAUCCAGGCAAAGAUGUAGCUUCCCCUAAGGAGGAAUGUAUUGAGGAAGGCAAAGAUAAAGAAAGCAAGUCUCAAUCUGGAAAAUCAAAUGCAAAGCCUAUUGCAAUUAAGUUGUCUGGGAAAACUGUUAUUCCACACACUAGCCCAUGGACACCAGUUGUUUCAACUUCAUCACAAGCAAAAAUCCGGCCAAAUUUACCAGUUCCUGUCAUGGUUCUCAGGAAGUCUGCAAGUACAACAGUCAGCAAGCCAGCACCAUUAAAUACAUUCUUGUCUAUAAAAUCUUCAGGUGCCACCACCAAGCCACUCCCUGUUGUAAAAGAGGGUAAUCCAGAACUUGUUCUACCUCCAGAUAUUAUUUCAAAAGCAUUUGGGGGAGAAGUAGUCAUUUUAAAGGGCUCCCAGGAGAAUGUAAAGUUACCAGAACAGGCAGGGACUCAGGAACAAGAGGCUGAAAGUAUGACACAGGCUGUGGAACAGACAAAGGCUCUAGACAAUGUAAAGGCAAGUAUGGAAAAGGUACAGGAGCAAGCAAUGCUGGUGGCAAAGGCACAAGCAAAAGCACGAGAGCUUGCAAAUAUGGCAAAAGAGCAAGAGGUCGCAAGACUGCCAAAAAUGCCAGAACAACCUCACGUUUUUGAGCGACCACAUCGUCGCCCUCUGCUCCCACUGCCACCGCGACCACCACUGUCAAUGUUACCACCACGGCCAUCACCACUGCUGUUUCCACCUCCACCCAUGCCACCACCAAAACAGACACCAUUCAUUCUGGCAGAUGACAUGGCUCCAGGUGUAUCUGAGGAUGAUAAAAAUAUACUGGCAAUGCCUAUGUGCCCACAUCCUUUACCUCCACCAACUUUUAAAGACCAUGCUAAAAAAAUGGAGAAAAAGAACACAUGCCUGGCUGCAGGUAAUGCUAAAGAUCUUUAUGAUAUUUUUUACAACAGUGGAAGAAGUCCAGCUGAUAAGCCUGCAAGUUCUAUAGUUUCAGAUAAAGGAAAAUUAAAUCUGCUGGAGAAAGAGAGAAGUACAGACACCGUGGCAGAUUCUAAACCAAAUAUCCAUUCUUCCAUACAAGAAACACUGCAGAAUGUAGACAGUUCGUCUGAUGUUAAUAAAAUCUCUGUAUCUGCAGGAACCCCAGAAACUAAAGUGAAAGCAGAGAAGGUUUGGGCAGCUUCUGAAGAAAAUUUUGAAAUUGCAACUAGUGUUGAAAGGGAAUCACAGGAAUACUCUUUGCUAGAUUUACAAAAUAAACCAAAACAUAAGGAAACAGCACAGUCUAAUGAUCGUCAGUCAAGUGCUUCUCUUUCCCUUCAGAAUGAGGUAGAAAUGGGAGCCGCUGCUUCAUCAGAACUCAGUAACAAAUCAUCUGAGGUUGGGAGAGCAGAAAUAACUGUACAGAUGCUGAAUAGAAGUGUUCUUCCUUCUGACGUAGUUAACGAGAAACCUGCAGAGAUUGAGUCUGCAGAGUUAGCCAUGCAGUCAUCAUCAGAAGAGAAAGCUCUUCUUUUGCAAGUUGUUAGCAAGAAACCAAAACAGUUUGAAACAUCAGAAUUCACCUUAUCAUUGCCCAAAACCACUCAUCCUCUGGAAGAAGUUAACAAGAAUGCAUCAGAGCUACAGACAGCAGUGUUUAUUUCGCCUGAUAAUGAAUUAACCACAUCACCAGAAGAUAAAGCUCUUCCUUUGCAAGAUGUUAGCAAAAAAGCUGCAGAGCUUGAGACUGCAGAGUUUACCCCCCCAGACAGCAAUAUGCCUCCCGUUCAGGAAGAGGUUAGCAGGAAUUCAUCAGAGCUUCAGACUGCAGUGUUUAUGACUUCUGAUAACGAAGCAGCCACACCAUUGUCAGAAGAUAAAGCUCUUUCUUUGCAAGUUGUUAGCAAGAAACCUGUAGAGCUUGAGACUGCAGAAUUCACCAUGGUGUUGCCAAUAAGCAGUACUCCUCCUCUAGAAGAAGUUAGCCGGAAUUCAUCAGAGCUUCAGAGAACAGUGUUUAUUUCGCCUGAUAAUGAAUUAACCACAUCAUCGGAAGCUCUUCCUUUGCAAGAUGUUAGCAAAAAACCUGUAGAGCUUGAGACUGCAGAGUUUACCCCCCCAGACAGCAAUAUGCCUCCCGUUCAGGAAGAGGUUAGCAGGAAUUCAUCAGAGCUUCAGACUGCAGUGUUUAUGACUUCUGAUAACGAAGCAGCCACACCAUUGUCAGAAGAUAAAGCUCUUUCUUUGCAAGUUGUUAGCAAGAAACCUGUAGAGCUUGAGACUGCAGAAUUCACCAUGGUGUUGCCAAUAAGCAGUACUCCUCUGGAAAAAGUUAGCAGGAAUUCAUCAGAGCUUCAGAGAACAGUAUUUAUUUCUCCUGAUAAUGAAUUAACCACAUCAUCAGAAGAUAAAGCUCUUCCUUCGCAAGAUUUUAGCAAGGAACCCAUAGAGCUUAAAACUGCAGAGUUUACCAUGGGCUCUCCAGAAAGCAGUAUACCUCCUAUUCAGGAAGAAGUUAGCAGGAAUUCAUCAGAGUUUCAGAAAGUGGUGUCUAUAUCUUCAACUAAUGAAUUAGCCACGUUGUCAGAAGAUAAAGCUCUUUCUUUGCAAGAUGUUAGCAAGAAACCCAUAGAGCUUGAGACUGCAGAAUUCACCAUGAUAUUGCCAAUAAGCAGUACUCCACUUCUGGAAGAAGUUAGCCGGAAUUCAUCAGAGCUUCAAAAAGUAGUGUCUAUAUCUUCAACUAAUGAAUUAGCCACAUUGUCAGAAGAUAAAGGUCAUUUUUUGCAAGAUGUUAGCAAGAAACCUGUAGAGUUUGAGACUGCAGAGUUCACCAUGGUGUUGCCAAUAAGCAGUACUCCUCUUCUGGAAGAAGUUAGCAAGAAUUCAUCUUUAACCAGUGAAUUAGCCACAUUGUCAGAAGAUAAAGCUCUUUCUUUGCAAGAUGUUAGCAAGAAACCUGUAGAGCUUGAGACUCAAGAGUUCACCAUGACAUUGCCAACAAGCAGUACUCCUCUUCUGGAAGAAAUUAACAAUUCAUCAGGGCUUCAGACAGCAGUGUUUAUGUCUUCUGAUAAUGAAGCAACCAUACAGUUGUCAGAAGAUAAAGCUCUUCUUUUGCAAGAUGUGGGCAAGAAAAUGACAGAGUUUGAGACUGCAGCGUUGGCUAUGACAUCAGAAAGAAGUUUUCCUCCAUUUGAAAUCAUUAGCAAGAAUGCUUCAGAGCUUCAGACAGCAGAGUUUAAAUUUUCUGACAGUAAGGAUUCAGUUGCACAGUUGUCAAGAGACAGUGUUCCUCCUUUAGACCAUGUUAGCAAGAAGCCAUCAGAGUUUGAAAAAAUAGAACUAGCCAUGCAGUUGCCAGAAAGUAAUGGUGCUCCUUUAGAAGAAGUUAGCAACAAUACAUUACAUCUUGAGACAGCUGCAUUUAAAACUCUUGAUAAUAAAGAGUUAGCUACACCAUUGUCAGAAAAUGAGGCUGACCAUAGUAAGGAAACCCCAGCAAUGAUAGAUGUUGGCAUGACAAGUGAUGAGGACAUCAGUCAGAAACCACCAGAUCAGCAGAAAACGGAGAUUCACUGUGAGAUUGAGAGCAAUUUGGAGAUGGAAACAGAUGUGUCUAUUUUAGCUAAGAGAGAUGUAGAGAGGAAACAUGUAGACUUAGCUGGGUGUCAGUCUGAAAUUAAUCAGGGAGAUCCAGAGUCUCAGUUACUAGAAAUGCAAGUUGAAACCCACAAGGGAAAAGGGCCUAUUCUGACAGAAGAGAGACAAAUGAAUGAUAGUUCUGAACUGAUGGUUUCUCCUUGGGUUUCAAACCUGUGUUCUCAGAGUCAGCUGGUUUGGGAGCCAGCAGACACAUCAGAAGUAAAUGAAGAAAAUCCUCAAGUAGCUGCGGCAGGUCAGGAUAGUUUUCGAGAAUCACCAGUGGAUUUUAAACUUGGAAAUGAAUCGGCAUUCAUUGAAGAAAGUCCUCAAGUUUCGGGAGCCCAGAAUGUGGAUCCAGAACUGAAAACUUUAAAUAAAAGUGAAUCAGACACUUUCCAUACUAGCAGUAAGGAAGAGGGGUUGUUGGCUAACUCCCAACAAAAAGCUGAUGAGGACUUUGAUGUAGUCCCUGAAUCAGGAGAAAUGCCAGUUGAGUGCCUGGUUAAUGUAGCAAUGACAAUUAGCACACGAAAGGAACACGAAACUAGCCAGCAGUCACUGAGUUAUGAAACCCUCCAGGUACAGGGAACUGAAGAUCUGGGCAGCAUCCCUUCUUCAAAUGAUGAAGAACUUCGUUCUGGUGUAGAAUGUAUAUAUGUAAAAGAUGAUACACAAGGGCCUUCCAAAUCUACUAUGGAAUUAGGUGGGGAGAAAGGUUCCAUAACAAAAGAGAGCUUCAGCAGGGUUCAGCCAGUGACUGUCCAAGAGCCAUUGGAUGGUCUCCCAACAGAAUUCAGUGUUGGGCAUCUGGGAGAGGAAGCCCUUUCUUUCACAGGCAUGAACACAGAGGUCUUAAAUACCGCAGCAGCUGGUGACUUUGACUUGCACACAACUUACUCAGAACUUAGCUUUGAUCAAUCUGGAACCUUUACUCUGAAUUUAAAUGUGGAACAUGAGAGAGAUUCUCCAAAAUCUAACGAAAUAAAGCCUACUGAUCCUUCCAGACUGAAGCCGCGUCUGGAGUUAGAAACCAUUGAUUUUAGUUUGGGGGAUAUUGAUGUGGACCGUGAACACCUGGAUAUCCUGCCACCUGAAAUUCUAAAUGAGGAUUCUGUCGAGAGCCCCAAAUUAGAAACUAUUGCACCAAUUUCUUUAGAGUCCAGCAAAACUAUUGAGUUGGGCAUUAACCAGCCAGGGGUUGAACCAGAAGUGAUUGAUUUUGCUGCGCUAACCUCUGGUGAGCAAGAUGAUAAAAUUUGUUCCUUGGUUUCUGAUGUAGCUGACCCACACAUGGUAUCUUCUGUACCAAAUGAUGGCACUGCAGAAACAGACCUACCACUCUUCAAAAUACAGUGCAUGCUGCCAAUUUCUGAAGUUGUUCUGAAAACAGGUAGUAAAAGCAGCACUUCUGAUAUGCUGUCACUGAGUUGUGGUGGCGAAAGUUUACAAAGCCAAGCAGCUGAGUGUAUGGAACCCUGUCUUCCAAAUCCAGAAGAAAUAUCUUUAGAAGUGGGGGGCUCAGGUGACAGUGAAUUGUAUGUCAUCAAGAAUGAGAUGCACACACUUUCAAAGGAGUUAACAAAGACAGAAGAGGUAAAAAGUAAUGAUAGCAUGUGUGGGGUUAACAGUAAAUCGGCUUCAGCAGCAACCAAAAGCCCUGCCGAGGAUCUGGUAAGUUCAGGCAAAAUUUAAUUUCAGUGCUUGAGCAGCUAUUUCUUGAGUUUUGUAAAUACUGUUUUAACAUGUUGGACAUUCUGCACCUCGCAGUAGAUAUUAGCUAAAGCGUAAAACUUCUUUUUUUG